UUCCUUUGAUCCAAGUCUCUCUCUCUUUCUGGCCGUUGCUGCUUGUUCCUCUUUGUUUUCAAUUUGCUUCAUUCUUUGAGCCACAAUGAAUGACUUUCACUUUUCUCCCACUCUCCCUCCUAUUCCUCCAUCUCUCCACCCUGUCAACACACAUCAUCAUCACCAACAACAACUACUGCAACUACCAUAAUUCAUAAUUCACAAUUCAUUACCCUAAAUACCAAAAACCCUUUCUCUUAUCAUCGAUUCUCUUCUUCUUCCAAAAACCCAGAUUCUUUUCACUCUCACCAUCACCUUUUUCACCUUCUUACUCCAAUCACUCUUCCUUUUCCAAUUCUCUUUCUCCUUCUUCCCCACCACAAUUCUAGGGUUUUUCCAUUCUUCCUUCUUUUCUUUUUUUAAUAUAUAAAGAAUAUCAUUUCCAAAUCCCCUUUUUCUCUCCACUUUUAAUUCCCUAGGUUACCCUCUCAAAACUGUGCCUUUCGAUCUCCCCUCCCUCUCUCUCUCUGUAUAUAUACUUCCUUUGAUUCUCAGUAUAUUUCUUCUAAAUCUUCACUCUCUUGUCCUUUCCUUUUGGUUUUCUCCGCACACCACACCCACACGCAAUUCUUCUUCUUUCUCUUCCUUUUCUUACCAUGUCUUAGCACUCCAACCCCAAUCUCAAUUCAUCUGUAUUCAUUGCGUGAUUCAUUGAUUUUGCCUCUCCUCUCCGGCGCUGCUGCUGUUGUCCGUGUGCUUGUGGCGGAGCAUAGUGAUCGUUGUUGUUAAUGGCGUACCACGGGAUCCAGGGUCCAAGUUCGGGAUCUAGUUCGAGUUCGGGCUUUCAGCUACUCAAUUCUCCCUUCGGGGACACCACUUACACCAAAGUCUUCGUCGGAGGGUUGGCCUGGGAGACUCAGAGCGAAACCAUGCGCCGCUACUUCGAGCAGUUCGGUGAGAUUCUCGAGGCCGUAGUCAUCACUGAUAAGAACACAGGACGAUCCAAGGGCUAUGGUUUCGUGACUUUCCGGGAUCCCGAGGCUGCAAGGAGAGCCUGUGCUGAUCCAACUCCUGUUAUUGAUGGUAGAAGGGCGAACUGUAACUUGGCUUCACUUGGUCGGCCACGACCCCCUUUGCCUUAUGGACGGGUAAGACCUGCCUCCCCUUAUGUUGGAAGUGUGCAAACACCUCGCGGUGCUUAUGUUGGAGGCUUUGGGUACCAGCAACCGCUUUCUUACAGCUAUCAACAAGGAUUAGUUUACCCUCCAUAUGGGUAUACGGCAUAUGGACCAGAGUACAUCUACCCACAGAGUUUGUAUAACCCAUACAUGGGGCAACAGUACCUUCAGUUAUAUGGAGUGCCGGGAACAGUGAAUACAACUAUUUACCCAUAUGGACAAUUGGGUCAGGCUGUACCUAGUGGUCAUGGUUAUUCAGCAAUGCAGGGUUAUACAGUACCAGGUCAUCAGAUUGUGCCCUAUGGGGGAUCUAAUGUUAAUGCCAUAACAACUUCACCUAUGCCUGCCAUUCAAGCCUCAUUUCCCAGUGGAAUUGCUGCACCGGUUCCUGGCCAACCACAAUUUAUUGUUCCUGCUCCUUCUCCUCAGUUCAUGCAAGGUGGCGGUCCUGACCAAACAGCUGGGUGAGGGGGCGAAUAAGGUAUCCUUAGUUUGCAGCAGGACUAAGAGCAGCGGAACUGCUACUUGAGUGGCGGGCUUCCAAUCUAGCCUUGCAAGUUAAUUAUUUUGCAUUCUAGAGGUCAUAUAGUCAAUGCUCACCAAGUUGUGUCUGAGUUGCUCCAGAUGGCGAAGGAAACUGGAAUGUGCGGGCUGCUUUUCCAUUUGGAGAUUUACACUAGUGUAUUUAUACCUAAUACUACCUGUACUCGAGAAGAGUGGCAGUAGUAUUGAAUCAAUGGGUGCUGGAAUAGGUUUCCAGCAGCCAGGUAGGGAAUAAACUUCUGUAAAAAAGAAAAUCACGUCUGAAUCAAAAUAUGAUUCUUUGUAGUCUUGUCCAGCAUUGAGUUUGUAGAUAGUUGUCAAUGUUGGUACAUUGUGUGACGAUGGAUGGUCCAUCACAUUGAAUGUGAUUUUUGUGCAUAGUAGUUGUCAGGGAUUCUACUAGAAGACACGGGUGUAAUUUUAUGAUUUUAAGAUCCUGCCGAUUAUGCAGGGUAGAACCAUCAGUAUAUUCCAUUAGAGAGGAUUGCAGUGGUCCUUUUAGUGUUAUUAUUUCACCGUCAUUCAGUACGGAGUCACAUGUUCCACAUUUUCUUGAAUUAAUUUUCAACCUUUUCGUCAUGGUUCACUCUAUAA